AAAGUGAAACUCUCAAAGAUCUGCUCGAGAUGAUAAGAAACCCAACCCAGGGAGAACCUUUGAUCCACACAAACACAAUUCAGCACAUGAGAAACUCGUAUAAGAUGUGUCAUAUUUCACGUGUGCAAGAGUGCCGAACGUGAAAAAAAUCGUAGUUCGCAAAUUUUUAUUUUUUAUUUUGAAAAUCCUAUUGAAUCCAGUUGUGAAGUGUAACGGAAUCGUAUUCGAUAGAAACGUUUAUAAUAAAAUGUCUGGACCUCUGAAGCCUUAUUUGACAGCAGUGAGGCACACCCUCACUGCUGCAUUGUGUUUGGAAAAUUUCGAAUCCCAAAUAAUUGAAAAACACAACAAGCCCGAGAUCGAAGUUCGCAUGAGCAAAGAACUUUUACUAACUCCAGUUGUCAUAAGUCGCAACGACAAAGAAAAAGUACUUAUCGAAGCAAGCAUAAACAGCAUGCGAAUAAGCAUAGCUGUCAAACAAGUCGAUGAUUUAGAAAAAAUACUCACACACAAAUUCACAAGAUUUAUGAUGAUGAGAGCUGAAAACUUCAUGAUUCUGAGACGUAUACCCAUCAAAGGCUAUGACAUAAGCUUUCUCAUAACCAAUAUACACGUCGAACAAAUGUACAAGCACAAAAUAGUGGAUUUCAUUAUUCACUUCAUGGAGGAAAUUGACAGAGAAAUCAGUGAAAUGAAAUUGUCCAUGAACGCCAGAGCUCGUAUUUGUGCAGAAGAAUUUUUGAAAAGGUUUUAAAAAGAAGAACAGUAUGACGACGAAUUUACACAGAAAACUAGAUAGCUCGAUAUCAUAAAGAAAACUUGAAGCACUUUGAUCGAGAUGAACGAGUAAUCGAUUGGAGCGAUGAAUAUAUGGAGGGAACUGCAGUUAUCCUGUACUUGCAACUCUCGUUGAUAAUUUCUUGCUGCAGUAAUUGAACAUCAAUGAUAAAAGGAAACAGGAAUUGGGAGAAGUCAAAACGAAUUGGAUUUAUAUCCGUAGGAAGAGAAAGCUCGUUAUGAAAUCCGACUGACUGAUCGUCGUAAACGAAAUAUUAAUUGAAAGAAAUACGAUCAGUAGAGCUUAAUGAAUCAAGAAACAAAUCGUUUUACAUUCUCGGAUUGAGAGCAAGGACUAAAGGGCAAUGCAAUUUGAACGCCCGUGCCCCUCCCCCCGAGACAUCGCAAAACUUUUAAUAGAGCUUUUUUUUAAGAAUUUUAACUCUAUUGCGUUCAGACACUAUUGUGCACCGCGAAACGCAUUUUGUAUUAAUGUCAGAUUUCCUUCUCAUCUCGACCCAACCAUACCCGAGCUGUAUUAACAGAAAAGGAAAGAAAAAACAAAAAAUGAAACUCGUUACGAAGCUUUUAACACCACCAGAAUUCCGCGUAUUAAUUACGCGUGUGGAAUCACACGAUUGCAAUUCAAUUAAUGGUCAAUUAUUUUCUUCUCAUUCAUUUACAUAUUUAACGUACAUUUAAAAAAUUCAUACAAUUAUAUAUCACGAAAUUUUUUUUUUUUCAUAUUUAACGUAAAACGUAUAAAUUUUAGUGCUAAAUGUCUAAAGAGAACGAGACUUCCUAGGUGAGUUCAUAACUGCAUAAGUGUACAUUGAUUGAUAACAUUCAUUUCCAUCGUCUUUUAUGGACUUAUAAUUUUUUUUUCUUUUCUAUAACUGCCAAAUGAAAACUCGUUGAAUAAAAAUAAGAGAAGUUAAUGAAAA